AUGGACAAUAACGAAGGAAGAGCUGAGGGACCAGGAGGAGCUGGUGAAAAGCGUAAGAAGAGGAAUAUGGGAAGGUCAGAAUGGAGUCGGCACAUGGUAGACAAGAGAGCGCGCAAUGAGGAGCAAAACGAAGCCAAACGGCGCAAGAUUGAGAACGGUGAAGAAGUGUCAGGGCCUAUCUAUGCGACGCAUUUCUCGCAGGAAGAUAUCGAAAGUGAGCAGCGGCGGCCGAAGAAGAAGGUUGCUGUAUUAAUCGGAUACUCUGGGACGGGCUAUCAUGGAAUGCAAUUGAGUGACAAGGAAAAGACCAUCGAAGGAGAUCUGUUCACUGCGUUCGUUGCGGCAGGCGCCAUCUCCAAAGCCAACGCUGCCGACCCCAAGAAGUCGUCCUUGGUCCGAUGUGCGCGCACAGACAAGGGUGUUCACGCGGCUGGUAAUGUGGUUUCGCUGAAACUGAUUGUCGAAGAUCCAGACAUCAUCAAGAAGAUCAACGAGAAGCUUUGCCCCCAGAUCCGAGUCUGGGACAUCCAGGUCACGAAUAAGGGAUUCAGCUGUUACCAGAUGUGCGACUCUCGUGUCUACGAGUACCUCAUCCCAAGCUAUUGUUUCCUGCCGCCACAUCCCAGCACUUAUCUUGGCAAGAAGAUUGUAGAGCUUGCUGAGAAGGAGGGAGACCUUGAAGCUUACAAAGCCCGACAGGAGGAGGUAGCUACCUACUGGAACGAUGUCGAUAAUGAGCGUAUCAAGCCUAUUCUUGAUACCGUUCCUGAAGAUAUCCGUGCAUUAGUCGAAAAGGCUCUAUACUUUGACGAGGAAAAAUCGCAAGAGGACGAAUCUGCCGGUCAGAAGGAGGAGUCGCAACCACAGGAAUCCACUCAGGCUGAGGAUGUCGCCCAACAAACUUCCUCCGAAGGUAAACCUGCGGAUCUGGAACAGACCGCCCAAGACCAAAGCACAGAGACAUCGGCCGAAGAAGAAGCGCGCAGACGGAGGAUCUACGAGGCAGUCAAGAAAGUCAAGACCGCUUACACUGAAGCCAAACGCGCAUACCGUAUCCCCGCCGCCCGUCUGGACCGCCUGCAAGCCACACUAGACAAGUACGUCGGCACCAACAAUUUCUACAACUACACCAUCCAGAAGACAUACAACGACCCCUCCGCCAAACGCUUCAUCAAGUCUUUCAAGGUAGACCGCGACCCGAUCCUCAUCAACGGCACCGAGUGGCUCAGCCUCAAAGUCCACGGCCAAAGCUUCAUGAUGCACCAGAUCCGCAAGAUGGUAGCCAUGGCUACAAUGCUGGUCCGAGCCGGGUGCGAUCCCCAACGCAUUGUGGACUCCUACGGGCCCACCAAGAUCGCCAUCCCGAAGGCGCCCGGACUGGGUCUGUUGCUCGAACGGCCCAUCUUCGACGGUUAUAACAAGAAGGCAACGACCACGCUGGGCAAGGAACCCAUCGAUUUCAGCAAGUAUGAAAAGGAAAUCGAGGAGUUCAAGCAGCGUGAGAUCUAUGAUCGGAUCUUUCGCGAGGAAGAGCAAGCGAAUGCGUUCUCUGUGUUCUUCAACCACAUCGAUCACUUCAGCCAGGAGACAUUCCUUUACAUCACGUCGGGUGGUAUGGCGGCUUCCAAACCGCCCAUGCCACCUACUGGUGCCACAGAGUCGGAGCAGAAGGAAGUCAGUAAGCCCAACCCGAAAUCUCAGAGAGAGGCCCUCGCUGCUGUGGAAGCCGAGUCAGAUGAUGAGGGUGCAGAUGCCGAGGAGGGAGGUUGA